AUUAACAAGUGGGGAUUGACUCUUUAUAUAAAUACGCGUCACCGGCAACAAAGUCACUCACAAUUUUAUCUCCGACUAAUGACAAAGGAUGAUCAUGCGGAUCGUUUUAGUGCUUCUCGCUGUCGCAGCUUUUGCGACAGCUGAAAAAGUUAGUUUUCAAAAUUAUAAAGUUUUUCGUGUGGUACCAAAGAGCACAGACGAACUGGAACUUCUGAGACACCUAGAAAAUUACAAUGGACAGUAUUCUUACUGGAGCUCGCCCAACAAGGUAGGUCACGCGGUCGACAUAAUGGUCAGUCCGCAGAGUCAAUCGGACUUUGUCAAUCUGAUGUCGUCAUCGAACGUGCACUACCACACUUACAUCGAGAACGUGCAGCGGCUGAUCGACACCGAGCAGCCGCUGACUCGCGAAGGCGGCUUCGGCUGGAAGAGAUACCACACUCUCGACGAGAUUUAUGCCUGGCUCGAGUACCUCGGCAAGCAGUAUCCCGGACAGGUGAGGGUCGUCGACGGCGGCCGUACGUACCAAGGUCGCCCGAUCAAGGGGGUCGUCUUGAAUUUCGGAAGACAGACCAACGGCACGGAGAGAUCGACGGUGUUCAUCGAAGGCGGCAUCCACGCUAGAGAAUGGAUAUCGCCCGCAACGGUGACUUACAUCGUUAAUCAAUUCCUCACGAGCGAACAGCCGGAAGUGCGCCGAUUGGCCGAGUCCUACGAGUGGCACAUCUUCCCGUCCUUCAAUCCCGACGGAUACGUCAACACUCACAAUAGAAAUCGCUUGUGGCGGAAAACUCUGUCGGUAAAUGGAUUUUGCCGAGGUGCAGAUGCCAACCGUAACUGGGGCUACAAAUGGAUGAGUGGCGGUGCCAGCAACAAUCCUUGCUCCGACACGUUUGCCGGUAGAAAAGCCUUUUCCGAAAUCGAAACACGAAGCAUGGCCGAGUACAUCGAUACUGUCGGUAAAAAACUAUACGCUUACAUUUCGUUCCACAGCUACUCUCAACUACUGUUGUUCCCGUACGGACAUACUAAAGCUCAUUUGGAUAAUUAUGAUGAAUCGCUGAGCAUCGGUAAAAAAACUGUUGCGGCUCUUGCCAGAAGAUACGGCACAAAAUAUGUUACUGGAAAUGUUGCUGAGACCAUAUACGUGGCUAGCGGUGGAUCCAUGGACUGGGUUAAGGCAAAGUAUAGAGUUCCAGUCGUUUUUACAUAUGAACUUCGAGAUACAGGUGACUACGGUUUCCUCUUACCAGCAAAUCAAAUAAUCCCGAAUGCGGAAGAAGUUUUGGAUUCUCUUCUGGCUAUGUUCAAAGAAGCCAGAGUCACGAUAGCCAAUUAAUAAAGGAAUGUUUUACAUGACGUAAAAUUAAUUAUACAAAGUUUAUUGUUUAAGCACGUAGGCUAAUGUCUUUAUUUAAGAAAUUUAUAUAAAUAAACUAGUCAAAAUUUGAAUGUAUAUUAAUUGUACAAUAUCUAAUGAGAUUGAAAGUCAAUUUUAAUAAAUUAUAAAAUGAAUUUUGGUACUUCGAAUUUCGUUAUGCAAUGACUAGAGAUGAUGAAUGUACAUAUUGACGUAAAUUAAACUAUUAAAUAAAUUGCAUACUGAAAAUUUAA